AUGGCUGCGGCGGCGCCCGCGGCCGCGCCCGGCUCGGGCCCCGCGCCCCUAGCACCGCGCGCCGCCCGCUCCGCGCCUGGCCUGGCGGCGCCGAGCGCCCAGCUGCCCGCGCCCGGCGCGUGGACGCAGAGCCCCGGGGCGGCGGCGGGCGGCGGCGACGGCGGCGGCUCGGCCGGAGGAGCGCGCCCACAUAGACGAGGACUCCGCCCGAGAGCCGCGAGCCGGCCGCGGGGCGGGGGCGCGGAGCCACGGCCUCGGCGGCGCCGGCCGGAGCGCGGGCAGCAGCGCGCACCGUGCCGGACACGCAGUCGCGAGGGCGGGGGCCCGUGGCCGGCGGGAGCUCCGGGAUCACGGGCGCCGGCGGCAGCCGCGAGCCUCCAUCUUGAUUUCAAAUGGGGAAGGAAGGAGGGGGAGGGGGGAAAUCACGGCAGAGGGAACCCGGGUGAAAGGAAAAGGGAGAGCAGGGAAAGGAGAGAGGAAGGAAAAAAAAAAAAAAGAGGGGCUUCGGCAAUUUCCGGCGAAUAUCGUCAGGGGCCGGAGCGUGGGCUCGGCGGGUGGGCGGGGCCUAUGGUGGGCGGGGCCUGGCGGGAGAGGCGGGGCGGCGCCGGGGUGCCGGUCGCCCAGAGAGCCGGCGGAUGCCUGUGGGAGCGUUCAGUCUUGCUCCUUCUCCCCCGCAGCUGCAACCCUUGGAAGGAGCAGGAGCGCUCUGACCAGCGAGGGCGGCCCUUUCCAGGCCCAGCACUGCGCCCCCCGCCGGGCGCUCGCUCGUGCUGCGCGAGGCCGUCCUCGGGGCGCUUGAGCUGUUCACUGCGGCUCUCGCCCGCGGGGCCGGCUGACUCCGGCACGGGACCGGUGUGUUUCUCGUUGGCGCAGCGCGGGCGCCGGCACGUAGACGGGGCUCCAUAAUAGUUGUUGAAUAGAGAGAUCGUGAAAAUGGGUGUUGUGUACUCCAGUCCCGGAGGGAGCAGAUCAAGCCUCUGAACUCCUGGGGGACGUCUUCUCGUCUGUAAAAUGGGAUUGCGGACUCACAGCUACCCCACCAGAAUGUAGAGAAUGGGGAAGGUGAUGGUGGCUGAGGAGACCAAAGGACAUGAGGGGUAGGUGACAUCAAGCUUUACGGAAGACCCGUGUCAAGCCAGCAUUUGACAAAUAUUCAGGUACAAACGCCUAUGACGUGGCUGCAAGCAAAGGGAGCAGAAGUUAUGGGUGUCAGAGGUUAAAGGAGCCAAUGCUGCCGAAAACAAGGAGAGAGAGAAACAAGAUUGAUUUUAAAAAAACAAUAAACAAAACUGAUGAAUACUGAUGAAACCAGAACACAUGUAUACUGCAAAUGAACAAUUGAGUAAAUAAAUAGUGGGUGGUGGAUACCAGGUUUUUCACUGUUGGAGAGGGAGGCUAGAAUGAUCCCUGUGGUACGGGAUUAGAGUUGGAAACAUCAGUAUGAAUUCAUGUUUAGCUUAAUAUAGAUACAGAUGGAUAUAUAGAAAGAUUUACAGAUAUGUAUAUUUACAGGGGCUAGUACAUGUACAUAUAUUUCCUUGCUCUGUCAGCUGAGUGGGCUUAGAAAUAACACUUCUGUAGCAAGAUGCACACCAGGCACUCAGAUCUUGUUAUUAACACCAUUCUUCAGUAAAAGGAACCUGGGCUCUUCAGGGGGAUGGCUGACUCUAGGACUAGGGCAGGAAAUAUGCAAGAGAGCCUGGAGCAUCUUGUUGCGCCAGAAGGUAAGGAAGGGCUCAAAAAAAAAAUUUUUUUUUUAAUUAAUCAACAACCAGAACAAUGAUGGGGACACAGGAGCCAACUGAAAGAGCUCCCAGUGACCAAAGCUGUAACAGUUUGAACAGCAAAAUAAAGCAAUAUUUGAUUAUACCCAAAGUAUAAAAUAAAUAUCCAUGAGUCCAUAUUGAUAUAAUUCGAUGAUUGAAUAAGUAACUAAUUGAGAGAGAAGAGACAAAUAUCCCAUGCAGAAAAAUUCAAAAUCAUUACCUAGAUACUCUGCCCUCAAUGAGAUGGAAUAGAAAUUCCCUGUCCUUAACUAUGGGCUGCACUUAGCGACUUCCAGAGUACGAAAUGGAAAGAGGGAGGGGAGAGUAACUUUACAAUGAAGAAAACUGAUAAACACUACUUCAGCCACAUGAGCAAGGUUAACAGCAGUGAUAAAUCACAUGGAUGGUAUAUACCCUUGAUAUGACGGAAUGAAAAUGGCACUUUACCUCUGUGGUCUUCCUCCCAGAAACACAGUCUAAUUAUGAGAAAAACAUCAGAAAAAUCCCAGAUGAGAGACAGUCUACCAGUACUUCCCCAAACCACUAAGGUCAACAAAAAUAAGGAGAGUCUGGAAAACUCACAGCCAAGAGGAGCCCAAGGAAACAUGACAACUAAAUGUAAUGCAGUAUUCUUAGGGAUCCUGGAACCAAAAAAGGACAUUAGGUAGAAACUAAGAAAAUAUGAAUAAUACAUGGACUUUAGUUAAUAAUAAUCUACCAAUACUGAUUCAUUAAUUGUGAGUAAUAUGGGAAAAUUGGACAUGGGGUAUAUGGGAACUCUGUACUAUCUUCACAACUUUCCUGUAAAUCUGAAUCUAUUCUAAAAUAGAAGUUUAUUUUUUUUUAAUUUUUAAUUGUAUGUAGAAUCUCAAAAAGAAAAAAUUCAGUAAGUCCAAAUUUCUCAGGUGUGCUGCCCAUGUUUCUUUUUCUUAGUUUUCUGUUGGGUAAUUUCUAUCUCCAGCUCUUAUUCCUCCUCAUGGCUUACUCCUAGUUCAGGGAAAACAAUUUCCAGGAAUUUUCUUUGUCAGUUGAGUACAUUCCCCUUCGUGCCUUCUCCCCAAGGUUGCAGCCAAUCUCCCAGAGGUAUUGGUGGCAUCACAGCAUGGGAUGGGGAUGGGGAGAUUGCAUCCGGUCCUUGGUCACUAUGGGUUCAUGCUGGCGCUGGUGCCGAUGAGUGUCCCAUGUGUGUCUGCCUCCCCAGUGCUCCUGCGACAGGCAUUGCCGUGACCUUGUCUUCUGAUGUUGCAUUCUGCUCACCCAACCCCGGGGCCCCCUCUGUAGGUCUGCUGGCAGUCAGCGCCUCUCCCGAGCUCCUCCCAAGCAGUCAGGAAGACAUUCAGCUGCUCACUGGGCUGCUCAGUCCCACCCCCUCUCACCCCACCCCAGAAAGUGAGGCCAAAUUCUCUCUGCUCCCAGACCCCUCAAGUCCACCUGGGCACAGACUUCCUUUCUCAGAGAUUCACAUCGGGGUCUAAUGCUAUCCAUUUCCUCUCCCACAAAUUGCAGAAUUAUUAUUUCCUCUGCAGGAAGAAAACUUCUCUCCAGGUUUGACAUGCUUUCUUCAAAAUCUUUUCUUUGGGACAUAACCUUUGUGUUCUUAGGAGACUCCGUUUUAAAUUUAUAAACGCUUUCCCUCCAAUUCUUCCCUCUGCCAUAGGUUCCAGAAGUGUCUCUUGAAAUUCAGAAGCCAAGUGUCGACUUCUUUCUUUCCCUCUGCAUCCCUCCCAUAGUAUCCUGCCCUGCAGGCAGUGAAUACAAAUCCCCCCUCUGUUGCCUAAAUGGUGGAGAAAGUCCAAAAAUUUGAAAAUAUCAAAACCGCUGGGGGGCAGGGGGCAAACUGGAUGUCAUUCAGUCACAGAAAGAUCAGCAGUCCCUUAGUGGUGGUACGUGGGAAGUGUCAAUUGGAAAAAGCUAACUCCUGCUGGAGGGUUCUUGGGUGGAGGCAAGUUCUAGAUGUUGGGAGUUGGCCUGAAAGGGAACGUUGACUGCAUGGUAAUGACUGCUAAGGGUGUUGGGAUCAGAGUGGAAUGACUGGUGUGUGUUUGGACAAAAAGAACUCUCUAGUGUUGAGACCCAGAUAUUGACCAAUUCUUCUGUCUCAGGUAGGGUCAUUUCCAAGAAAUCUCAAUAGAAGACUUUGUGUCUGAGUGUGGGACGUGCGGGAAGGCUCACCCAGACUGCAAUAAGAGAAAGAGGCUGCACACAGGGUUUUUUUUUACCUUCUGCCAUCUGAGCAUGUGUAGGGGGAUCUAAACAGGGUUUCAUGACAGCUGCUGUUGAUCCUGCCCCACUUUCAAAAUUCAGCUCGAAUUUCAUCCCCUUUCGUGAAGCUGCUACAGUACAUUAACUCGAAUUGACCUCUCCCUUCUCUGUAUUCUGGAGUACCACUCGUUCUGGCAUUUGAUCGUGUACUGCAUUAUAUUAUUUGCAUCCUUUGCGUUUAAUGUCUUGCCUACAAGAUGGGGAGAUCCCUUGCAGUCAGUACACAAACAUCAGCCUGUCUCCUGUGUGCCUAGAUCUAUACCAGUCCCCAAGCCAUGGGGCAAAAGAAAUGGAGAAAGCCAGUUGGGGGACACAGGGUAAGUUGUCUAGUCGAUAUCCUUUCUCUCCUUCUUAUCAGAACUCAUGCCUGGCUAAUAUACUCUAUUUCCCAGCUCUGAGGGCUAUGUGACAGAGUGCUGGCCACUGAGUGGAAGGGACUGGGCAGGUCUCAGAAGAAAGAGUUCAGACACAGCAAGGGCAUGCACUUAGCCCUUUGCCCUUUGUCCUCUUCAGAACACAGACAAAAUACUGGAGGUGAAGAGGCCAUUGUGUGACUGCAAGAAGCAACCCUAAAGAUGGAGGAGAGUGAAGAGGCGGGUGAAAGUUGUAUCACUGGGGAUCGUGGAGAGGAACCGAAGCGGCCACCACGAGAUGAACUUCAAAAAGCUGCCAGCUUUUUCUUAGAAAUGCAUGUGCAUUUUUCCUUCUCCUUACACAUCUAUAUUUAUUUUAAUAUAUAAACAAUGUCUUAACUCA